UUUAUUACAUUAUUACAUAAUGGGACAUUGUUACAUAAUGUGGUGCUACACGCCAGUAAACAGGAAGUGUACAAUUUCUCAAACAUAUAGGGUCCAAAUUGUCUCAAACUGUACUUGUUUGAUUACAAACCUACAUGAGAUACCUUAUUGCUUUUACCGUGUGCUCUUAUUUCAUGUUAGGUGUCACAGACAUGGGACAUUUCUGUGUCUGAUAGAUACCUCUAAAACCCAGUUUAUGGCUGUCCAUGAGCCGGAUGUGCACCAACCCCCAACAUGCUGGGAGGUGCGUUAUAUUUCAGACAUGGGUAGUACUGUAGUUCUUUACCAGAGAGGAGAAGCUUCAAAAUAUUUUAAUUACUUGCUAUGUUGGUUUUUAAAUACACGGAGAUGAGCCUCAUAUUGUUUUUUGCCUCUAAAUGUCUAAAACCACCCCUGAAUGUGACUUCUCACACCUUCAAAAAUAUUCGCCAUUAAACAAAAGCAUGACACAGAAACCUGCAGUGACACACUGUGAUUUCUGACAUGAGUGAUGGUACAUCGCAUCAGCCCAUCACACAGAAAUGGUGUCAGACAUAAAGAACAAACCCAUCAGAGCUGUGCUGAUCGCUGUCAGAGAGUAAACAUUUGUCUGUUGUCUCUGAACAAGCACAGAUAGGCUGCAGUGCAAUUGACAGGGUCUCCUAAAUCGCGUCCAUGACGCCUGAUCCAUUAAGAAGCAGACUGGCUGUGAUGAUAAUGUAUUGAUCAGAUCAUGAUGGAUGACCUCUUCUUGUAUAAAAGUGAAGUUCUUCGGCCAGCAGAGAAAGAGUCCAGAUCUGACCAGCCAAAGAUCCAGUCACCAUGCUCUCUACAGCUCUGUUUUACCUCCUCGCUGUGAUUUGGUCUCAAAGAUGGACGCAUGCUCUACCUCUUUAUCCCGAUACCAACCUGGAGACUCAGACAGAUUUCAUUCAGAAGUUAGUUUCAGAAGUGGAGGAUGGACCGAACACUGCCGAGGCAGAUCAGAGAGACGUGAAUAAUCUGUUUCCACUUCUGAUGCAGCACAACGCAGGAGGAGACUCCUGGACCAAAGGGAUUAAAGAUUCAGCACAACAGGAAAAGUUUGCAAACAUGGUGGAGGACCUCAGGGAAGCCGUUAUUAAGCUAGCAGCAGCUGACAAGCUUCGCUCUCAAGGUUUUCUCAGAUCAGAGCAGAACCUGCCAAAAACAAAGAAAAGAGCAUGUUUCUGGAAAUACUGUGUCACCAACUAG